AGAAUCAGCAUGGUGGGAUGGCAUACAAGACUGGGCGUCGUCCUACGUUCGGCUCCUUGCGCAGACAUGAGUAAACGCAACUGCCAACAGAUACUCGAUACGGUAUCAGGAAUGGCACGAAUCAUCAACACAGCUGGCCUGCAAUUUGAGAAGGGUGUCGUGAGUGAUAGGCCAAUUAAUGCAGAAAGUCAAGACGUGAAGUCUAAAUAUUGGCCCCACCGUCAUCGUAGGGCUCCCGCUACGUCCUUAGCAAAAGUACAGGACUAGCCGAACAGUGCGGUUGUUAACGGUCUUGCGCCAACGACCUGAAAGAGGAAGCUUCGCGAACGCCAAUCGAUUGCUACAGACUACAAGGGUGCACGAAAGGUAGAAGCUCCAACCUCAGAGGCCUGUCCGAACGACGGGCUGGUGCCAUCAUGUUGACUCGGGUCAGAAGAAAGCUAUCACACCGACACAGGCUCGACUUGCCGCAUAACAGAAAUUGUGCCAUCAUAAGUGGUUCACAUCCUAGGGCGUAGUUUCGACACCAACAACAAGACAUCCCACCGCAUCCUCA